GUGCUGUUCGAUUGACGAUGAGUGGAUCUCGGGAGGUCAUUGCUGUGCCAUUGAGGGCAAUGGCAGAGCAUCUGGGGGCAACUGAUUUGAAGUCGGCCAGGGACCUCCUGACUGCACUCGAUGAACCCAAGCUGGCCAAGCUCAUCAGCAACGGGGUCAAGGUGUAUGCCACGAAGACUAGCAAGGGCGACGCUCUUUACAUACCUUCUGCCUACAUCUUUGCAGAGAGGGUCGUUGGCGCCUCACCGUGGAUGGGU